AUGUCAUACUUACAACAAAUCUCUACCGUCCCCUUUCCGGGCGAUGUCCCCACGGCUGAGCUUAAAACGCUCACAUUAUCAAAGCUGCUUGCGGGUGAUGUGGAUGAAUCCUCGCACCUAUUCAAAGCAUGUACGACAUCAGGUUUCUUUUUACUAGAUCUCCGUGGAACUCCAAGUGGUGAAGAGCUUCUACAGAAUGGCAAGGAUAUCAUUGAACUCAGCCACACUCUAUUCAAUUUGGAGCUCAGUGAAAAAUUAAAGUAUUCGGCUAGUUUAAAGAAUCAUUAUGGAUACAAACCAAUGGGUAUUUCAAAGGUUGAUGCGAAUGGGACGCCCGAUCGAUGCGAGUUCUGGGGGAUCAGUAAAGACGACGCUAUUGGAAAUCACAGUCCUACACCAUGGCCUCCAACGAUAGUCGAGAAUCGACCACUUUUAAAAUCAUUUGCCACGCAGUGUCAUGAUCUUUGCCUUCACAUUCUCGGUCAUUUCGAGCAGAACUUGCACAUAAGUGAGGGCCAGCUUACAUCUCUCCAUCGAAGUUUCAAGCCUUCUGCCGACCAGAUUCGAAUGACCAAGUUCGCUGCACAGCCCGGUAUUGACCGGCGACCAUCGCUCGUUCCUCAUACUGAUAUUGGUACCUUGACACUGGUAUGGAAUGUGCUGGGUGGACUUCAGAUUCUUCCCGCCGGGGCCCCAUCAAAUGCGGAUGAAUAUUGGGAGUUUGUCAAGCCAAAGGAAGGCUGUAUUGUCGUGAACGUGGGAGAUGCCAUGGUAAAGUUUACAAAUGGUCUUGCGCGCAGUAACCUCCACCGUGUCAACUACGCUCCAGGCGAACAAGCAAAACAUGAACGUCAUUCCCUCGUAUACUUUCUAAGACCAGAGGAUGAGGUGAAAAUGGUAGAGCUGGAGGGAUCGGACGUGAUGAAUUAUGAGGAAAAGGAGAAAAACGAGGUUAUUUACAACGUGAAAGAUUGGGUUCAAAUGCGUUUCGAUCAGCUCAGGGAAGGUGGUGGGGUUGUAGCAAGUUCCGGUGGUGUAUUUGAUAAUAACAAGUAA